AUGUACCUCAGUAACCAGCGACCAAAGACAAGGUACAGCACUGUACAUGAUAGCGCAGGUUACCCAGACCACCUAGAGCCUCAAAAUAUGGGACGCCUGACCGGCGUCGCUACCAACACUGCAUCAGACUCUCAUUUAUCUAGUCUUCAGCAGUGGGAUUUUGUGGAUGCCCCGCCAGAUCAACGUGCAUUUCUGGCACCGGAAAACUAUUCUACUAUGAGAAAGGGAUCGCUAGGAACAGACACAGUUAGCUCACAAUUCGCAUGGUCCACAGCCUCCAAUGCAGAUGUCCUCUCAAAUUCCCCUCAUCUGUCUUCUUUCGGUGCUUCCAUUGGCUCCGACGCCACCACCCCCUUCAUGAAAGCAUACGAUCCAUCAAACUCCUUGCAGCAAACUAUGAAUAGCUCCGGCAUGUCGGGAUACACUUCCCAACAAAUCGACCAAUGGUGCACCGAGAGCGACCCCACUGGAGACUUCUACCAGUUUCCGCCAUUCCCAACCAUAGGAUCUAUAAUCCCAGAGCCCUACAACGCCUUCAGCAGCCCAAACGAGCAGUGGCUAUCUGUGCCAGGCCAAAACCAACCCUUCCCCACCGACCCAAUCCCAGAAACCUUCUUCUCAGUGGCACCACGCUCCACCCCAUCCCAAAACACAAGUCUUCACCACUCAACCACAACAACAGUCUCAAUCACCUCUUCACCGCCACACUCAUUUUCAGACCCCGAAUCGCCGCCACCGCCCAGCUCAGCCUCAAACGCAAGCGACCUAAGCAACUACGGCAUCCCUACAGGUGACGGCACCUGGCGCUGCGCACACCCAGGCUGCUCCUCACAGUCCACGUUCCGCCGUGGCUGUGAUUUAAGGAAGCAUUUCAACCGCCACCAGAAAUACCUCUUCUGUCGACAUGAGGGAUGUCCGCAGUCCAUGCAGAGGGGAUCUCGAUCUACGCAGAAUGGAUUCAGCAGUAAGAAGGACCGCAUUCGUCAUGAGGCGAAGCAUAACCCCGGUGUAUUCUGUGAGUGGGAGGGGUGUGGGCGGGUUUUUAGUCGGGUCGACAAUAUGAAGGAUCAUGUUAAGCGGAUUCAUCUGAAGGGGGAGGCUAGGAGGGGCUAA